AUGGGACAGACCGUUACGACUCCAUUAUCUUUGACUCUUGACCAUUGGACGGACGUUAGAGGUAGAGGACAGGAUUUGUCAGUGAUCAUUAAGAAGGGACGCUGGCAGACAUUCUGCUCUGCAGAGUGGCCCACUUUUGAUGUAGGAUGGCCUCAGGAAGGAACAUUUAACUUGACAACUAUCCAAGCUGUUAAGGUGAUUGUGUUUCAGGAGGGACCUGGAUCUCAUCCAGACCAACAGCCCUAUAUCACAGUGUGUGACUUGGUUCGUUAUCCGCUUCCAUGGAUGAAACCGUGGGUUGCUCAUUGGCCAAGUUCCCUGGUUUUAUCUGUCAGAGGAAAAGCGGUGGAGAAGAAAGAGAAACCACAGAUGGACAAAGAGGUCAGUGCUCUGCUGAAACCUCCACUCCCUCCUAAAAUAUACCCUGAAAUAGAGGAGCCCCCUGAGUGGCCGCUCCCCCCUGCCGACUGGCUGGACCCCAUACUCCCUCCUUACCCUCCUCAACUCCAGGCUAUGCCUGAACCCUCUGCACCCCCAGUUCCUGCCCCAGUAGAGAUGGCUGCCAGUGGGCCCUCAGCAGGGACAAGGAGGAGGAGGGGGGCUAUUUCAGUCUCAGAAGACUCUGACUCUACAGUGGCUUUGCCCCUCAGGGCCGCUGGACCUCCCCCGACCAGCCCUAACCAGUUACAGUUAUUACAGUACUGGCCUUUCUCUUCUUCUGAUAUUUACAAUUGGAAAAAUAACCAUCCUAGUUUUUCCGAUAACCCUACACCUCUGACAGGGCUGAUGGAAUCCCUGAUGUUUACACAUCAGCCCACCUGGGAUGAUUGUAAUCUGCUCUUACGAGAGCUUUUUACAACUGAAGAGAAGGAGAGGAUCCUUAUGGAAGCCCGGAAAAACAUCCAGAACGUGGCUGGUCAGCUUUUGCAGAACUUAACCCAAGCAGAAAUUGAUGAAGCCAUCCCCCCAACUCGACCUCAGUGGGACCAUAACACAGCUGCAGGUAGGGAAAGGCUGACCAUUUACUGCUGGGCUCUAGUGGCAGGUUUCAGAGGGGCAGCGAGAUGCCCCACCAAUUUGGCUAAGAUAAGAGAGGUCGAGCAGGGACCAACAGAGGCCCCAGCUGUCUUUUUAGAACAUCUCAUGGAAGCAUAUCACAGAUAUACUCCUUUUGAUCCUAUGACAGAGGGGCAGAGAGGUAACGUUAUAAUGGCUUUUGUUGGGCAGUCUGCUCCAGAUAUUAGAAGGAAGUUACAGCACCUGGAUGGAAUACAUGAUAUGACAAUUAGAGAUGUGGUUAAAGAGGCAGAGAAUGUUUAUCAUAAGAGAGAGAUGGAGGAAGAGAAGAGAGAGAGGGAGAAGAAAGAAAGAAGAGAAGACGUAGAUAGAAGGGAACAGAGACAGGAAAGGAAUCUGACACGAAUACUGGCCGCAGUGGUAGGAGAAGAGAAAAAGACUAAAGUUAGACAGUUAGGGGACCUGGGAGACAGAUUGAAGCUAGGCCCAAGGAGACCCAUGGAAAUAGAUCGAACUACAAUAAGAAAGGACCAAUGUGCCUAUUGCAAAGGAAAAGGCCACUGGGCUCGAGAAUGCCCUAAGAAAAUCAAGACGAGAGUACUGUCCUUGGGAGAUGAUGAAGACUAGAGGGGACGGGACUCUGUCCCCCUCCCCGAGCCUAGGGUAACUUUGAAAGUGGAGGGGACCUCCAUGACUUUUCUAGUUGAUACCGGAACAGAAUACUCAGUAUUAAAAAGACCUUUGGGAAAAAUAAAAGACAAACAAACUCUGGUAAUUGGCACUGGACAAAAACAGUAUCUCUGGACCACCUCCCAGAAGGUGGACCUUGGCAAGAACCAAGUGUCUCACUCAUUCUUAGUAAUUCCUGAGUGCCCUACUCCCCUGCUGGGCAGAGACUUGUUAACAAAAUUAAAAGCUCAAAUCACCUUUACCCCCUCAGGUCCAGAAUUGUCCUGGGGGGGAGGAGAGAAACCUCAAACCUUAAUAAUGUCCCUGCAUCUAGGGGAGGUGUACCAGCUAUUCCAAAAAACAAUAGAGCCCCCCAGAGGGCUACUGGACCAGUUGGAUCGAUUUCCCCAAUCUUGGGCUGAGACAGGAGGGAUGGGGAUGGCAAAGCAAGCCCCCCCUAUAGUCAUAGAACUCAAAUCUGGAGCUACACCUAUUGGGGUUCGACAGUACCCCAUGAACAAAGAGGCAAGAGAAGGCAUAAGGCCACACAUUGAGAGACUGAUACAACAGGGAAUUCUAGUCCCCUGCACGUCCCCAUGGAACACUCCUCUUCUACCAGUAAAGAAACUAGGGACUAAUGAUUAUUGCCCUGUCCAAGACCUUAGAGAAGUCAAUAAAAGAGUACAAGAUAUCCACCCUACAGUGCCAAAUCCCUAUAAUUUGCUCAGUACACUACCACCUGAACGUACUUGGUAUACUGUUCUAGAUUUAAAAGAUGCUUUUUUCUGCCUGAGAUUACAUCCUGUUAGCCAGCCUCUGUUUGCUUUCGAAUGGCGGGACCUAGAGAGCGGGACAGUUGGACAGCUUACAUGGACAAGACUGCCUCAGAGGUUCAAGAACUCUCCCACCCUGUUUGAUGAGGCAUUACACCGAGACCUUACACAGAAUCUCCCGGUGACUCUCCUACAAUAUGUAGAUGAUCUCUUCAUAGCUGCAGAAACCUAUGAAGAAUGUGAACAAGGAACCCAAAAGAUCCUGGUUGAGCUAGGUGAAUUGGGAUAUCGGGCUUCUGCCAAGAAAGCACAAUUGUGCCAGACAGAAGUGACUUAUUUGGGAUACUUUUUGAGAGAUGGACAGAGAUGGCUGACUGAUGCCAGAAAGCAGACUGUGAUGCAGAUCCCGACUCCAACCACCCCUUACCAGGUAAGAGAAUUCCUGGGAACAACAGGGUUCUGUAGACUGUGGAUACUGGGGUUUGCUACCUUGGCAGCCCCGUUGUACCCUCUCACUAAGGAAAAAGGAGAGUUUGAUUGGACUGAGGACCAUCAGAAGGCCUUUGACAGCCUGAAAAGGGCCUUAUUACAAGUGCCUGCCCUAACAUUGCCUGAUUUGACUAAGCCAUUUACUUUAUACAUUGAUGAGCAGAAGGGGAUUGCUAGAGGAGUCCUGACUCAGACUCUAGGGCCAUGGAAAUGCCCAGUGGCCUACCUAUCUAAAAAGUUAGACCCAGUGGCCAGUGGAUGGCCCUCUUGCCUGCGAGAGAUAGCAGCAAUGGCUGUGCUGGUGAAAGACGCUGAUAAGUUGACUAUGGGCCAAAAUGUGACUGUGGUGGCCCCUCUCACCUUAGAGAGCAUUAUCAGACAGCUGCCAGACUGCUGGAUGACCAACGCCCAGAUGACACACUACCAGAGUCUGUUGUUGACUGAGUGAAUAACUUUUGCCCCACCCGCUAUCCUUAACCCUGCUACCUUGCUGCCUGAUACUGAUGAAACCCCCAUACAGCGGUGUGAAGAGAUACUGGCUGGAGAGGUGGGAAUCCGACCCGACCUGACUGACCAACCAUGGCCGGGUGCACCGGCAUGGUUCACUGAUGAAAGCAGCUUCAUAGUAGAAGGUAAGCGCUGGGCUGGGGCAGUGGUAGUGGAUGGAAAGACUGUUAUUUGGGCUAGCAGUUUGCCAGAAGGGACAUUGGCCCAGAAGGCAGAACUUAUUGUUCUAGUACAAGCUCUAAGACUGGCAGAAGGAAAAAUUAUUAACAUAUACACUGAUAGCUGGUACGCUUUUGCCACAGCCCAUGUACAUGGGGCAAUUUAUAGACAGCAUGGACUGCUGACAUCUGCUGGUAAAGAAAUUAAAAACAAAGAAGAGAUUCUCAGCUUAUUAGAAGCUAUUCAUUUGCCCUGCAAGGUGACUAUCAUACACUGUUUGGGACAUCAAAAAGGGACUGGCCCAAUAGAAAAAGGAAACCAACUGGCAGAUCACAUGGCAAAAGAAGCGGCACAGGAACCGAUGAUCCUAGCUGGAGAGAGACAUAGAACUUGGCAAAAUGUUAAAAAGACAGGAGGUGCCCUCUCUGGGAAAGAAACAUGGACUUACUUGACUGGCAUACAUCAGUUUACCCACUUAGGACCCAAGAAAAUGAUAAAGCUGGCAAACAAAUCUCCCUAUCAUAUGCCACGGGUACGACAAAUGGCUACAGACAUCAUAAAAAAUUGUAAAGCUUGUGCUUUCACCAAUGCUGGCUUCAGCCAAGGCCUAGAAGGGAAAUGGCUGAGAGGAGACCAACCUGGGACCUAUUGGGAGGUGGAUUUCACUGAGGUUAAGCCCGUCUGAUAUGGAAAUAAAUAUCUGCUAGUUUUUAUAGACACCUUUUCAGGAUGGGUUGAGGCGUUCCCCACCAAGAAAGAAACAGCCAAUGUGGUGGCUAAGAAGAUACUGGAGGAAAUUCUACCCAGGUUUGGAGUACCAAUGGUAAUUGGGUCAGACAAUGGGCCAGCUUUUGUCUCACAGGUAAGUUGAGGGCUGGCCAGACAACUGGGGUUCGAUUGGAAAUUACAUUGUUCUUAUAGACCUCAGAGCUCAGGACAGGUAGAACGAAUGAAUAGAACCAUAAAAGAGACCUUAACAAAAUUGACCUUGGAGACCAGCAGGAGUGAUUGGACAGCUUUUCUCCCCCUUGCACUGUUCUGGGUAUGGAACACCCCAGGACCUUUGGGAUUGACCCCCUUCGAGAUCAUGUUUGGCUCACCUCCCCCAAUAUAUGAGACAUUAGAAAGUGGUGCCCACCCUGAUGACAGUUCUAUCCCACCAUCUUCUCUCCUAGCCCACCUCAGAGCUCUAGAAACGGCCAAGAAAGAAAUCUGGGAACAACUGAAAGACACCUAUGUCCCUGAAGACAUGGCUGUUCCCCACAAGUUUGAAGUUGGAGAUGCGGUAUUGAUACAGAGACACCGUACAGGGAACCUCAAGCCAUGGAGGAAAGGACCCUACCUGGUACUGUUGACAACCCUUACCGCCGUUAAGGUAGACGGGAUUCCCACUUGGGUCCACGCCUCACACGUCAAAAGAGCUCCCCCUGAAGUUAACCAAGAUGAGUGGACUCUGGAAAAGACUGAUAAUCCCCUUAAGCUGCGCCUUCGCAAUAGGCAUUCCUUGGGUGAUGGGAAGUAA